CCAGCUUGUCUGGUUGUCCUCCAGCUCCAGUGGCAUUUUACAGCCUUCACUGUACAGUCAGCUCACCCAGCUGUCUACUAAAUUAUAAAAUAAUAAACAAUUAAUUUUUAAAAUUCACCCUCUAAUUUAAACAUUAUCGUGAUAAAUCAGUAUUACUUACUACCAAUAAAUUUAAAUAAAUAAUUUAUUUAAAUAAAUGUCCCGCCCUUUUUUAUUAUUUAAAUAACAAUACUCGUAUUAUAAACAGUGUUAUUUAAAAGUACAUAUUUUUAAUUAAUUAAUUGAAUAACUAACUAAUUAAUUAAUUUAAUCAAGUGAUUUAAAUAAUUAAUUAUAAUAACAAUAAAUAAAAUUAAAAAUAUUAAAUAUGUGUUGGGUUAAAAAGUGAAUCUCUCUUGUGUUGUGAUAACAGAAAAAUAAUUAAGAUGACUGGAUUUUCAUUAAUUACGUUGCGCCUUGGAUUAUUCACCGCCAUUUUAAAUAUUGCCAUAGCUACUGCUAGUAAUAACGUAAAUGAGCCACCGAUAUUCGAUGCGGGUGGUUACCCCCUUGGUCUCCCAAUGUCCGAGGCAACUGCAGUAGGCACCAAAGUAUUUACGCUCAAGGGUCACGAUCCCGAGGGUUCGGAGGUUAAAUAUGGAAUCCAAUCAACUGACAAAUUCACCGUCGAUCCAACAACCGGAAUCAUAACUCUCGCAAAACCAUUAGAUCGGGAGGAAAAUGAUACGAUAAAAUUUUUAGUAAGUCUUGAAGAUCGUGUACUUGAAGGCCAACAGCCGAAUAUUGUUGGCGUUGAGGCAUACGUUAUUGUCCUUGACGUUAAUGACAAUCCACCAAAAUUUUCUGGAACUCCGUAUGAAGCAGUUGCCAGUGAGGAUACACCGAUUGGCACAACAAUAUUACCAGGCAUACGUGUAACUGAUCCAGAUUUACUUGGUGAAAAUAUUGAGUUAAUUUGUGUUACACAACCCCAGUUUCCUGACGCCUGUAAUAAAUUUGGUAUUGUUGAUGUGGAGAAGAGUGAAAACACAUAUGUAGGAGCUCUUGUAUUACGUGAGCCACUUGAUUACAAGCAAAGACCCUUCUAUCAAUUAUUAUUACGUGCAAGUGAUGGAACAAACAAUGAAACAACAGGAGUUGAAAUAAAAGUAACAGAUGUACAGAAUAGUCCGCCAGAAUUUCUAAAUUCAUUAACGGGAAUUGUGUAUGAGAAUGCGUCUAUUGGUACACUUGUCAUGACUGUAAAAGCACGGGAUGGCGACCGAGGAAUCCCGCGUAAAAUUGUUUAUGAAUUAGUGACCAAUCCAUUUGAUUACUUCUUAUUGGAUCCAAUCAGCGGUGAAUUACGCACGGCAAAACCUUUGGACCGUGAAGCUCUUGAAAAUUCAACGGGAGUAUUGAAUCUUAAAAUCAAAGCCCGUGAAGUAGUAAAUGGGGUUCCUGGGGAUGAUGAAACGACAGUUUCGACUGCUGAGGCAACAGUUACGAUAAAAGAUGUGAAUGACGAGCCACCGACAUUCAAUAGACGUGAGUACAGUGUCGAGAUACCAGAAAAUGUUCCAAAUGGUAUGCCAUUGCCGCAUCUUGAUAUGACUGUCAAGGAUCCUGAUUUGGAUCUUGGAGCCGAGUUUAGUUUGAAGCUCGAAGACAUUUCCGGUGCGUUUAUGAUCGAACCUCAGCAUGCAACAGGCAGUACGUCUGUAACAAUUCGUGUUUCUAACGCCUCCCUAGAUUACGAAAAUCCGAAUCAGCGUAAAUUUAUCCUCCUUGUUAUCGCGACUGAGGAAAAAACAGCCUCAAAAUUUUCGUCAACUGCCACAGUGACAGUAGCCAUCAAAGAUAUGAAUGACAAUGCGCCGUCAUUUAGUAGCGCGACUUACACAGCUAUUGUUUCGGAAACUGCAGCACCAGGUACAAAUAUCGCAACAAUACGCGCUAGCGAUCGUGACAGUGGACGUUUUGGUACCGCGGGUAUAGUUUACCAAUUAAUGGGCCAGGGUUCCGAGCACUUUAACGUCGACAAACGUAAUGGUACAAUAAGCGUUGCUGCUUGUCCAUCACCUGGAACCUCACCGUGCUUAGAUUUUGAAGAGCAAAGUGAAUAUUUUCUUAAUUACAAAGCAACCGAUGAUGACGGAGAAGGUCAAACUACAACCGUUUCAUUGCGAAUAUCUUUAGCUGAUUCCAAUGACAGCCCGCCACAUUUUUUGCAGGACAAAUACCGUGCGGUAAUUGAUGAAGGCUCAAAUAAAUUUGAUCCUGAGCUGAAAGUUCAGGCGCGCGAUCGUGAUAAGACUUCAAAAAUCACAUAUUCUAUUGCUGAAGGUAAUGAAAUGGGUUUUUUUAACAUCGAUCCCAAUAGCGGCGAAAUCACAAUAUCCGACAAUGGGCCAGUUGAUUUGACGAACUCGAGUCAAGAUUGGAUCGCUUUGACUGUGGAAGCCACUGACGGCACUUACUCAGAUACCGCAGUAGUGAAUGUAACAGUGCGUGAUGUUAAUAACAAUGCACCGGCAUUCUUACAAGACGUUUACACGGCCAGCGUACCAGAAAUAUCGCCUCUAGGGUCUGCAGUAGAAGAGCUCGUCGCCACUGACGCUGACAGUGGUGUCAAUGCAGAACUUAAGUAUCGCAUUCAGAAGGGCGCUUUCGAUGAUUUCGUUAUCAAUGAAACUACGGGAUUGGUCACUGUCUCAGGUAAAUUAGAUUACGAUACGCGCAAUGCUUAUCAUAUUGAAGUGAUUGCUUUAGAUGGAGGAAUCCCUAGUCUAACGGGAACCGCGACUUUGAUGAUAAAAGUUGAAAAUAAUAACAACAAACCACCAAAUUUUGAACCUACGACCCAGAGAGCCGAAGUGACUGAAGACUCGCCAGUAGGAACUGUGUUUACUAGUCUGAAAGCCAAAGAUCCUGACAGUAGUACAGUAGAUGCUCUGAAAUACUCAAUUACUGAACCAAUAACGGCUAUUGACAAAAAUGGUCAGUUGGUCACAAACGCGACGGCAUUCAAAGACUUCUUUGCGGUAGAUCCCAAGACUGGUCAGGUUUCUGUUGUCCGACCACUUGAUCGCGAAGUAGCGGCUACCGUGAGCCUUAAUGUUGUGGUAACUGACACUAGUGCCAAAGUACUUCAGCAAGGGGUCGGAACCCUCGUGGUAACGAUUAUCGAUGUCAAUCACGAAGCGCCCGAAUUCUUGAAACCCUGGACACGUGAGAACCCUAAAUACAUGAUUGAAAUGCAGGAAGAACAACCAACGGGCGCUAUUGUCGGCGCAUUCACUGCCACGGAUGCUGACAGUAAUAUCGCGGGUUACGCUAUCGAACCUCCUAGUUCUUACUUCAAUAUCGACAAUGUUACAGGCAUAGUCCGAACUAGUCAGGUAAUCGAUUACGAAGAGACUAAAUCCCUGGAGUUCAAUGUCGUUGCUUAUGACUCUGGAUUCCCUCAGCUCUCAUCAACCGCCAAAGUCACAGUAAAUGUGAUUAAUGUUAAUGAUCAAGAUCCGAAGUUUGAAAAAGAGUCUUACCAGGUUUCCGUGAAAGAAAACUCACCUCCAGGCACCCACGUGACCGUUGUCAAGGCAUUAGAUGCUGACGAAGGUGUUUUUGGUGAAGUGAGUUACAGUCUAAUUGGAGAACAUGCUUCGGAUUUCAAUAUAGGCCAUGAUACAGGUGAAAUAACAGUAGGAAGUGCUACUGUGUUAGAUCGCGAAGAAAAGUCUGAGAUGACUAUUACAGUAAUGGCAAGUGAUGGUGGUCCUCUUAAUUCCCGCAGGUCCACGACCGCGCAAGUGGUCAUCAAUCUUGAAGAUGUCAAUGACAACAAGCCGAUCUUUACUCAACACAGCUACCGAGCAUCAGUAGCUGAGAAUCUUCCCAUAAACCCUCCGGCGACUAUUCUCCAGGUUCACGCAGCAGAUCCCGACGAGGGUCUCAACGGUGACGUUUGGUAUAAAAUUGUCAGUGGCAACGAAGACGGUUCGUUUAAUCUGAAUCCCGAAACAGGAUUCCUUUAUCCAGCGGUGAUGCUGGUCGGUCGAGCCGGUAGUUAUCGGAUCGAAGUCGAGGCACGAGAUGGCGCUGGUCAUGGUCCUCAUGCUGAUCGUGCUUACGUUGACAUCCGCGUCAUUCCCGUGAAUCAGCACAAACCAGAAUUCAUUAUGCCCGAAUUGCCAAACGCUACCGUAGAAGUUCCUGAGAACGCUGGAGUACCAAACUAUCUUGUAAUGACAGUACGAGCUGUCGAUAACGAUCCCGGUGAAAACGGGCGUAUAAGUUAUCAUCUAAAAGUUGGUAAUCGAAAUGUCCAAGAGAAUGAAGAGUUUUCGAUCGAUUCCGAAACCGGAGAAUUGCGUGCCAAAAUAAUUCUAGACCGUGAAGUUAAAAAUAAAUUUGAAUUGGUCUUAGUCGCUACCGAUCACGGCAGUCCGACUUUCUACGAAACCUUAAGGCUUCUCACUAUUUUAUUGGUUGAUACUAAUGACAAUGUACCGCAAUUCUACGACGACUAUCAUUUUAUGAUCCCGGAAAAUCGACCUAAGGGUUACGUAGUGGGCCAAGUAAUGGCCGAAGACAAAGACGAAGGGCGACAUGCGCGCGUCUAUUAUUACAUUGAAUCGGGCAAUGAAGACCGGUCAUUCUAUAUCGACAAAUCUGACGGGACAAUUUACGCCAACAAAUCAUUCGAUCGUGAAUUACGCGACAAAUAUAUGCUAACAAUUCUCGCGGCUAAUGAUCCCGACAUUUACAUUAGCGACUCGAAUAAAUUUACAACCGACUACGGACACGUUAACGUGACCAUUAACAUCCUCGAUGAAAAUGACAACCCCCCGGAAUUCGAACGCUCGGAUUAUUAUGCUGGCAUUAAUUCAAUGGCUAAUGUUAAUGAUUUGGUGGCUAAGCUCACUGCUACUGAUCUGGAUCUCGGUGAUAACGGAACCUUACACUAUUACGUCGCUAGUGCUAACUUGUACAAGUACGGAUCGGAUAAACCGUCGGGAUCGAUUGUACCCAGUCCAUUUAACGUCAGUCAAGAUGGCAAAUUGGUCACCAGUGGAUACAUGGCUGAGUAUAAUCAAGAUAGGUUUAUUGUGGAGGUUAUUGCCAAGGAAACUGCCAGCCCAGAACGUUAUGCGAUGGCUCGUGUUCAUGUAUGGGUUUUCGAGCCUUCACAACUAAUACGAGUAAUAUUGUCCCGGCCACCUGAGGAAGUUAAUCGUCAACGCGAUGAAAUAGUGACAGAGUUAUCUAACGCAACCCAAAGCCGGGUUGUAGUUGAUGAAAUAAGAUACCACGUUGACUCCUCCGGGCACAUACGUCGCGAGUGGUGCGACAUGUAUCUACACGUCGUGGACACCAAAACCCAAACUAUCACACUAGUACCACAAGUGCUUAAGGCAAUCGACGCCAAGUACGACCUUCUGAAAGAAUACUACAGCGGUUUUGCCAUUGAAAAUGUUGUACCAGCCUAUGGAGCAGUACAAGAAGAAUCAUUUGACCCAGCAUUAGCAGCACUCAUUGCACUAUUAGUUGUAUUACUAGUUGGUGCCGUUACUGUAACUGUUGUUUGUUGUUGCUUACGACAUUGGGUCAUCACUGUGCCAAAUGAUAUCCGUAAAAAAGAUGGAUUAAUAAAGAAACAAAUAAUCGAUGAGUUAAAUACGACAGAAAAUCCAUUAUGGAUUGAGCAGAAAUUAAAACUUUAUGAAGAACAAGAACUUACAAUGCAAGUAUUCAGUGAACCAGAAGGCGGAUUGACGACAACCAAUGAACGACGCGGCAGUAAUGGUGGCUUAAGUGUCGGAAUAGGUGAUACAUCGCAGGACAAUACUUACGCAACUAUUCAACAUCCACUUCAGGGUUGUAAUAGGCAUCGUUCUACAACACCUGAUUAUACGACACUACCGGGCAAUCAUAAUUUGUACGAAUCCGCGAUGGGUUUCCAAGGCUCGACAUUCCAACCAUCGACUACAGUCGUGCCUCAAUUGACACUAGACCGUGAUGGUCAGCCACAGUUUGUGUCGGGUUUAAUUUAAGAACUUUUUUUUAAUUUUUAACUAAUUGAUAAAAUAUGCAUUAAUCAAACCAGUGCAUUAAUCAAGUCAUUUCCAUUGUUAAGAAAGCGAUAAAUGGAAUAGAAGAUUAACAUUCAUUUUUUCAUAGUGUCUGGGAUAAAAUAGAUGACUUUUACUUUUAUGAAAAAAUCUAUUUUCGAACACUCGGUUGUUAAUUUCGAGUAUUAAUUCUUCCUACUUCAUGCAGGGUAAAAAAAAAUAUUUUGAUCAUGAUCAGCAGACGAUUUCCAGUAAAAUGAGUACCCACAAGCCUAUAUUUAAAAUAUCAAAAUUUUUAAUCAAAAAUAAAUAAUCCAAAUUUCGAAAAAAAAAUACAUUUUUUAAAUAUAUCGAUGUGGGUACUCAUUUGACAGGAAAUUUUAAGCUCGUUAACAUGAAAAUAUUUAUUUUCGUCUUACUACCAACCACAAACAAUAAAAUACUCAAAUUACAUAUUUUAUGUGUUCGUUUUAUUUGCGACUUCAAGUAAACGAAAAAUAAAUAUCGUAACCAUAUUCAGAAAAAAAUUUCCAGUAGAAAGAGUACCCACAAGCCCCUAUUCAAAAUUCAAAAAUUUUCUCAAAAUUACAAAAUAAAUUUUUCAGGGAAAAAAAUUUUUUUUGAAUAUAUCGAUGUGGGUACUCGUUUUACAGGAAAUUCCAAGCCCUUUAACAUAAAGAUAUUCAUUUUUGUCUUACUACCAACGACAAACAAUAAAAUACUUAAUUUACAUAUUUUAUGUAUUCAUUUUACUUGCGAUUUCAAGUAAAAUAAAAAUAAAUAUCUUAAACAUAUUCAGAAUACAAUUUCCAGUAAAAAGAGUACCCACAAGCCCCUAUUUAAAAUUAAAAAAUUUUCUUAAAAUCACAAAAUCCAUUUUCCUGGGAAAAAAAAAAUUUUUUUUUAUAUAUCGAUGUGGGUACUCAUUCGACGGGGAAUUUCAAGCUCUAUAUCUCGAGCAUAAUUAUUUUAUUCGAUCACUUACGGUAUUGCCGAGCAGUCAAAAAAAUAACAGUCAUCUAUUUUAUCCCUCUCAUAAACAAUUCACAUCAUCUUUGUACGUAAUCCAUUUUUUGUACAACAAUUAACUCUCUAUUUAAUUAAACAAUUAAAUAAUUAAUAACAUAAUAUUGCAUAUACUCGAUAUUAAAAUUAAAAAAACAAUUACAAGUAAGAAGAAAAUUAAGAAAAAUUAAUCAAUAAUAAUUAAAAAAAAAAAUUAAAUAUAAUUCGCAUUAAAAAGACUACGACAAUAAUUGGAUCUUAUGGUCGAUAAAUGCGAUUAUUUAUUUUUAUUUAUGAAUUAAAAUUAAUUUUUAAUUAACAAAUGUGAUUAUUGAUUUAAAUGAAUACGUCGAUAGAUAGAUUAGCUGAUAAUUUUAUAAAUAUAAUUUAUAUUAAAUAGUUUAUUGUUGAUUUUAAAAUAUUAAUUAAUAUUUGUUCCAUAUAUUAUUAUUAAUUAAUUUAUAUUAAGUUUUAACUUUAAAAAUUAAAAGUAUAUAAAAAUAUAUAUAGAAAUAAUAAUAAUUGUGUGCAUGUAAUUGUGUAUUGUCAAAAACGGUCUAAUUAAUGUGGCAAUUAAUAAUUAAUAAUUAACGUACUGAGUUAAUUAAUUUAAUUAAACGAAAAAUUAAUUUUAAAAACAGAAAGAAAUUAAAGUGUAAUAUAUAAUUAUAUAAAACGACUGUAUUAGAUUGAUCCGUCCGGCCCGGAAAAAAAAGUUAGAAAAUUAAUUAUCCUUUAAGUUACUAAUCAUAAUUAGGAUUUUUUAAUUUGUAUAUUGUGCUAUCACUGCCUGUUUAUUUUAGUUGAUUAUAAUUUUUUUUUUAAAGUUAUAAAAAUAUAUUUAAUUAUUUUGUAUUGUAUGUUAAUAAUAAAUAUUAAGAAAAAUUUAAUUAUUAUUUUUUUUAUUUUUUACAUCAAUGGCUCAAAUUCAUUUAUUAUUUAAUUAUGACUUUUAUAAUUUUUUAGAAAAAAUAAAUUAGUCGUUCAAAAAAAAAAUAGUAAUUUUUAAUAAGAGAGAAAAAAUUGAAUUAAAAAUAGUCUUGUUUAUUAUGAUCAUAUUUUUUGGAGUUUAUUUUACUUCGAUACAAAUUUAUCUGGGAAAAGUUUUCAGAUAUGAUCAUAUGUGGCCAUAUAUGAACACUUUUAUUCAAUAAGAUUUAAAAAAAUGGUCAUAUAUGAGGAGGUAUGAUACUUUGAACUCAUUCGUAUGAACAAAUAUGUUUAUAUAUGAUCGUAAAUGAUAUAUCAUGAGCAUAUGUUAUUAUAUAUGAUCAUAUAUGAUCAUAUGUUAUCUUAUGUCAGAUAUGGGUCAUAUAUUUUACUGUACGAUUAUGUUCAUAUUGAAAUGUAUAUUUGAUUCAACAAAAUAUCAUAUAUACACAUAUAUAUUCAUACAUGAUUAUAUAUGGUCAUAUUUAAAUUGCUAUAUAAUCCUACGUUCUUAUAUAUGAGCAUAUAUAAUAUCAGAUAAGAUUUCAUAUGGUCCUAUAUGGUUGUCUAUGAUCGUAUUUAAAUUCUUACAUGACCGUAUGAUAUCAUAUAUAAUUAUAUACGUCCAUGUCUACAUUUGUAUACGACCAUAUAUGAUAAUAAAUUUAUAUCUGGUCUCAUUCAAAUUCAUAGAUGAUUCUGUCAUAAUCUCAAUUAUAUAUGAUAUCAGAUAAAGUAUUUAUGCUUCAAUAUGAUCAUUUAUGGUCAUAUUCAUAUAUGAUCGUAUGUGAUAUCUCAUAUAAUUAUAUACGUCCAUGCCUACAGUUAUAUACAAUCAUAUAUCAUCGUGAUAAUCAAUUUAUAUCUGAUCGUACAGAAUAUCUUAUAUAAACAAAUGUUCAUAUAUGAUCAUAUAUAUUACAUUGUAAGUCAAAUAUGAUCUUACGUUAUUUUCUAAGAUUAUAUAUGAUAUCCGUUGAAGUUCUACAUGCUUCACUAUGGUUAUCUGAGGACAUAUUUAUAUAUGACCUAUAUGAUAUUACAUAUAAUCACAUAUGGCCAUGUCUACAUUUAUAUACAAUCAUAUAUGAUCAUAUUUAUAUAUUUAUGUCUGGUCUUACAGAAUAUCACAUAUGAACACAUAUUUAUAUGACCUUUAUGGUAUCACAUAUAAUCAUAUAUCGCUAUGUCUACAUUUAUAUACAAUCAUAUAUGAUCAUAUACAUAUAUUUAUAUCUGAUCUUACAGAAUAUCACAUACAAACAUAUAUUUAUAUGACCCAUAUGAUAUCACAUAUAAUAAUAUAUAGAUGUCUGCAUUUAUAUGCAAUCUUAUAUGAUCAUGUUUAUAUAUUUGUAUCUGAUCUUACAGAAUGUCACAUAUAAAUAUAUAUUUAUAUAUGAUCCUAUAUGGUCAUUUUUUUAUUUUUAUGUGAUCGUAUCUGAGUUUUUUCUCUCUGAUAGUUAUAAAUAAUUAAAAUAUUUAUACACAUGAAAAAAUUCAAUCUUAGGGCACAGGGCGGACUGAUAGUCAUAUCAUACAUAAUAAACAUAUAUACAAAUAAAAAAAAUGUUUGAUAAUUUACCAUUUAAAUAGUUAGAAAAAUUUUUAUUUAUUGAGUUUACUAAUAAUAAUAAUAAUUUAAUUAAAUGGCCAAAACAAAGUUAUCAAAAUUAAUUAGAAUUAUAUAAUGGAACA